AUGCUGUUCAGGCGGGGGCCCUCGACUAGGAGGCCCCCGUUCCCAGGUCUUGAAGCCUCUAGGGGUUCCCAAAGCACCAGGGCAGCUGCCGUAAACGGCUUCAAUUCGAAACUAAGUUUCCAUCAUUUCACAUACACACUUUUCGUUCCCCUCCACUGUACGUCCACCUCAACUCGCAGCUCCUCAGUGGCUAGGGUGACCCCGCUGCGCAUCUCUCCUCUUACCGAGUUCGCAGAGGUUGCCUGGUUGCAUUGGUGCAGCCCGAAGGAGAAGGUACAGACGUCGGGGGGCCCCAUGGGGGACCACCAGUUUCGUCGCUGCCUUUUGCUCUCCUCAGGAAAUCAUGAACUGCUUCAGCGGCAGCCACUGCACGGGAGGGCUCCAGAGGGCGCCCCAACGCUGCACGGAAACCGGUGCAUGCACAAUGCAUCCCAGCAGUGCCUGCAGCAGCAAGAGCACCGGCAGCCUGAGCCGAAGCAGCAUCAGCCUGAGCAACAGCAGGCGGAAGGGGAAGUGGGAGGUUUUCCCGAUAUGUGUCCCCCUUCACUUCGUCUAAGCCGAGUCGUGUUGUUAAAUAAAGUCACACGCUUCCAGGUAUCGCUGGCAGAGAGAAUGGCAGCUUGGAAGCGGCAGCACCUCUCCCGCAGCAAUAGCGGCGGGGGAAACGGAAGAGGGGUAGCAACUACAGCAGCCGCCGCUGCUGCUGCACCUGGGGAGGAGGCUAGGGGGCAGGCCGAUGCCGCGUUGUACACGCCUGGGAGUCGAGAGUACGAAGCAGCAGCAGCAGCAGCGGAAGCAGCAGCAGCAGCAGAACUGGCUCGCGACUUCCCCACAGCCUACCGCACGCACCUGCUGCACCAGAGAGCAGCAGCAGAGCUGUGCAGACAGCUGAGAGAAGAAUAUGGCCUUCAUGUAACUCGCAUAGAAGCCAGAACUGUUCAGGGCCUACGCUUAACCCGCACGGGGACAGUUGCCUUACCUCCAGACGCCAUCAUCUCAGCAGGAGGCGACGGGACAUAUCUGGAGGCUGCUUCAAUAAUCCCGGGCCACAUGCCUGGGGGCCUCGCGGGGCCCUGGUUGUUUGGCUUUAACACGGACCCAUUACGCUCUGAAGGCAGGCUUUGCGUCAAGCCUACAAGACAGGUGCAGCAGCAGGAGAAGCAGCACCAUGAACUGAAGCAACACGAAUUGCAACAGGAACAACAGCAGCCGCAGCAACAACAACAGCACGAGCAGCAGCAGCAACAGCAGCACCCCCAGCAGGGAUCACUUGCUGUUGGGGCCCCCCUAGUUUUCCAAACCCCUCGAGCUCCGGGGCCCCCAGCGGUUGCUUCCUCUCAGAGCAGCUUAUUAGGAGUACGUGCGGCGGAGGGGGGCCUUGGGGGGCCUCAAGCGGAGGAGGUAGGGGCGCUUGAAGAGGCAGAGGAGGCAGCAUAUGUACAGGCUUACGUACACCGCACGCUGCAGCAUCUCCUGCAGGGGGGGGCUCGUCUGGUGGCUCGACAGAGGAUUCGACUGACUUUGUGCUUCUACCAAAGCAUGCAUCAGCAGGUGAUGGAAUGUCUCGCUGCUAUUACUCCCCAUGGGCCUGCAGCCUCAACAGUCAGAAGCAGCAGCAGCGAGGGGCGUUCUAGUGGUAGUCUUCGUGGGAAUAUCAGUAGGAGGAGCAGCGACGGGGGGACCCCACAGGAGGCAGGGCCCCCCAGGGGUCCGUUGGCUGCAGGUUCGCAGCACACAGACUCUGAGAGGGACGAGUAUUCUGUGAUAAAGGCCCCCCAAACAGGACACGUUGAAGGCCGCCCUUUAAAACAGGAAGGGGGAUCUUCCGUCUGGGCAGAGGGCAAUAGGGUUCCCCCCUCUUCAGCAGGAGGAAGGGGGGUCGCUCAGGUGUGUGGCCCUUGCUUUGAGGGCCUCACGUUUGAUGCAGCAGCAGCGCGGCAGCGAGAAGAAGGGGAGGCUGCCCAGAGAGAGGAAAUAGUUGAGUUGUGUCUACCAUUUUUGUCAGUUAACGAUGUCUUUGUCUCUGAAGCAAAUGUGGCUAAAACCCUCUAUGCUGAUGUUUGGGUAGACGGCACAACGAGAAGACACAAGAGUUCCGGCGUGCUCGUAUCCACAGGCAAGCAAGGGCCCCCAGACAGCAGCAGCAACAACAACAGCAACAACAGCAGAACGGGAUCGAGUGCAUGGAAUUACAACAUGGGCUCCAUUGGCAAAGAGCAGGCGAAGGCUGUUGCAGAACAGCUGAUGAAGCUGAGACCCCAACUUGAAGCGAGCUGGGGGCCCCUCACGGAAGAAGAGCUGCAGCAGAUUGUCUUGGGAGCGAAUCACCAUCUCCUCUUAGACCCUGGUGCCUUGCUGUUGCGUUUUCUUGUGCGAGAACCGAUUCACAACAGGGUUUUCUCUAGGGAGGGGAGUAUGGGGAUGGGCCGGGAGGUGCGUGUAAAGCCGUUAGCAGGAGAAAUUGUUGUGGCAUUGGACGGUCUUGUGCAGCUGCAGCUGCCUCCUCUGGUGGAGAUUCGGCUGUCUGUACACCCUAGCGACGCCCUCUGGACGGUCCAAUAG